AUGACCUCGAAAAACCAACCAGUCACCCAAGCGCUCCUCGCGCGCGCCCACUCCCCAACAUCGGCCGAGCGCAUCUACUCAGACAAGAUCCAACACCGCCCUCUCUUCCUGCGCCCAACCUCCCCUCCACCUCAAGCCACCGCCCGACAAGCCCGCCGAAAAGAACGCGAGCGCAAGGCCAAGGAGCGCAAGAAAGCCCUAAAGCCAAAACCGGUUUCCUCAAAGCAACGCCGCAAGCUUGGCCUCUACGAUGUGCCCCGCGAUGGCCAGAAAUAUAUCACCUUCCUCCCGCUGCACAACCUCUGGCUGGGCUACGUGAGGGAGAUACUAGGAAGCGAGGUAUACACAGGCGGCCAAGGCGCUGCAUCAAAGCUUAGCUCGGCCGACAUGCACGGCGCCGAGGUUGAGGUCGUCCGGAGUGGCUGUGUUGGACGAGUGGGCAUCAAGGGGAUUGUGAUCAAGGACGCCAGAUUCGUGUUCGAGAUAAUCACGCCCAAGAACAAGAUCAAGCUCGUCCCAAAGGAGGGAACUCUCUUCCGGGUCGAAGUACCACCCCCAGGCGCGACAAAUGAUGGUGAGGCGGGUGAGGGGCAGCGAACACCACCCAAGAAGAGCUUGGUCUUCGAGAUCCACGGUGACCAAUUCGCUGUUCGCUCAGCCGAUCGAGCUAAUAGGAAGUUCAAACCGCAUUUCCUGGAGAAGGUGUGA